AUGGCUAGCUCCACUCAUCAAGCUCAACCGGUUACGUUGAGCCUACAGGAGCUUACUGAAGGUUCUGUCUCAUUUGAGGCACUGGCGGAGGCCUUUGGUCCUUCGUCACUGGGAAUUAUCGUUGUUAAAGAUCUCCCUGAGAGGUUCAAGGAUCUUAGAGCCCAAGUUCUAUCUAAUUCAUCGUAUUUGGCAUCAUUGCCUGAGGAUGAACUAGAAUCACUCACUUGCGCCGAGGCAAAGUACUUGGUAGGAUGGUCAUGCGGGAAAGAAACCCUUCGAUCAGGGCAUUUCGAUACUUUGAAAGGAUCUUACUAUGUCAACUGUGCAUUUUAUCAGGACCCCGAUUUACAAAAUACGCCGGCUGAGGAUUACCCUGAUUUCCCACAAUAUACGGCGCCAAAUAUAUGGCCACCCACCGACAGACUGCCCACAUUUCGCCAAAGCCUGGUGGAACUGUGUACACUCAUAAUCGAUACCGCAGUUCUUGUUGCCCGAGCUUGCGAUCGCUAUGCCCAAGCUAAUAUCGACGGCUAUAAACCAGGCUACCUUGAACAUGUUGUCAAAACCAGUACGACCACCAAGGCGCGGUUACUACACUAUUUCCCGAGUCCUGCAGAAAACAUAGCGAUUGACCAUGCUUCUUCUCAGGAAGAAGAAAAUCAAGAUGACUGGUGCGCGACACAUCUUGAUCACGGGUGCCUCACGGGUCUUACAUCCGCCAUGUUCGUUGACGAAGCAGCAAAUCCUCCGGGUGCAGAUCCUUCCAGAACAUUCCCCCUUCCGGAACUCGGCACAUCUCCAGACUCAAACGCAGGACUGUAUAUCCGUUCAAGAACAGGUGAAGUUGUCAAAGUGAACAUACCGAAAGAUUGUCUCGCCUUCCAAACCGGAGAAGCACUGGAACUUAUAACCAAGGGCAAGUUCAAGGCGGUGCCGCAUUUUGUUAGAGGUGCGAAAACAACGGGUCAAGCACGAAUUGCGCGGAAUACGUUGGCUGUUUUUACGCAGCCAAAUCUUAGUGAAGAGGUGGAAACGGGAAAGACAUUUGCUGAUUUCGCGAGAGAAGUUGUCGAGAGGAAUCAUGAAGAUCGUAUUGUUGAGCUAUGAGUCACUCGAUUGUCUCGCACAACCUUAUUUGGCCCAAAAGGCUUUUUUCCCCCCUUUCUGGCUUGCUCGUUUUGUUUUGCAGGCUGUAUUUGAUAUGUGCCUGGAGCGUCGCGACUUGUGUGGGGUUGAAUGCACAGGGCGCGGGGACGAUCAGCUUCGGCGCUGGCGGAAUCACUUCCUCGGGCUUGGUGAAGCAAUUGCCGAGGCGGUGGUGUGUAAUGGCUCCAAAGCUGCCUUCAUUGGCCCGCACACAGGGACAAACCAUGGGCCCACGAUGCCGACCAGCAUCUCGUCGAUUUCUGCGCACAGAUCCCCCCAAGCAGCGCCAGAGUGGGAAUGUCCUGGGAUGAUCGACGGGCUGCACUUUAGCACAGGUGGGUUUCUUGCAAGUCCAGUUGAGGAGGGAGGGGGAAGAAGGGGAGUAACGGAGUACAUAGUGGUUAGGAGCAAGAAAACAAACUCCCAGAGCUCUAGCUCAGUUUCGGUUACAAACGCCUUGAUCCGUUGUCACAUAUAUUGCUAGCCAAAAUGCCAUGGGGUUGUGGGUUU